GGACAUUUAUCCUCCCAAUUGAUCUUCUGUCUGUCGACUGAUACAAGGCAAGAAUUUAUGUUCUAUUGGAAUCUAAAUUGAUUGUUUGACUGGAUUAACUUUAAAUAACAUAAUUUGGUAUAUAAGGUUGACUUGUUUCAUGUUACAGUGAAAUCCUAAAGUCCGUAAAUCCUUGUAUAAUAAAUUAUGUACAAAAUACCGGUGAAACAAGUAACAAAGAGAUAAGAGAAGAAGAAUAAGUAUCGAGUGGAAUUUGGUAUAUAAGGUUGACUUGUUUCAUGUUAAAGUGAAAUCCUAAAGUCCGUAAACCCUUGUAUAGGAAAUUCUGUACAAAAUACCGGUGAGAAUAAGAAGAAUAAGUAUCGAGUGGAAUUUGGUAUAUAAGGUUGACUUGUUUCAUGUUAAAGUGAAAUCCUAAAGUCCGUAAACCCUUGUAUAGGAAAUUCUGCACAAAAUACCGGUGAGAAUAAGAAGAAUAAGUAUCGAGUGGUUUUGAUAAAUUAAGAUUCGAGUACUUUUGUUUGGAUGAAAUGUCAAGUACUUUUGUUUAAGAAAAGAGUUUCGACCACUUUUGCGAAAUUAAGGUUCGGACGCUUUUGUUUGGCUAUUAAGCAAGUGUCUUUGAAGUAUGAGAAAUAAAGGUAUAUUGUGGAUCCACAAAAAAUAAGUACUUAAGAAGAAAAAAACAGCUGAAAAAUGGAAGGGGAAUUCAAUCGAGAAUCGGAAUGGUUCGACUUGCGUGUCAUUCCAGACCAUGGUCAAAAAAUACUGUUAAGAGAGCAAGUAAAGAAUGCAUGUGAUGUAUGUGUGGGAGGAUUGUCUGAAAAAGAUAGACAGGGAAAGAAAUGGAUGAAUGAAUGCUGUGAGAAUGGCUGGUUCCCUCCAUUAUCAACUGCUUCCUGUUUAGUUACACUGAUGAAGGAAGUCGAAAGAGUGAGUUAAAAAAAAAUAUUUUAAAAAAAGUAUACGUCUUAACUGUCAGUUGUCACUUUUGGACAGCAACAAAGCCAAAUAGAUCUGGCCCCUUUUCUUUCUGAAUAACAUUUGUAAUAAUUUGAUCCUGCUUCGUGCUUGAUUUUUAUAUGUAAAAAAAAAAUGGAAAUUCUAUAUUUGUAUUUAAAAAAUAAAUAAAUAAAAGUUACACCAAAUAGGAGCGUUUACGAUGUAAUUAAAUAGACACCCUGAAGUGCCACAAAAGGUAAGAGAGCAGCUUUUAGUGCGUGCCUCCCGUUUUGAGAAAACUGUUAACGCUGAAAUAACAGAACAGAUGCAGCGUGAAAAAGCGGAACGAGAUAAAAUAUUCGGACAAAGGGAACAGGAGAUAGCAGCAGAGGAAGCUCAGAAGGGGCCUCCCCAUGCAGUCGCAAACACUUAUCACUUCGCAUAUUUGCAAAAUCAGGUGGCUGACUUAAAGUGCCAAGUGCAGACUUUGUCAGGAACACUCCCUGUUACAACAGACACAAGAAAAUAAAAGUGUGCCCCCUUUUGCUGAAUCCACUCCGCUGCGACCAAUGACACACUCUCAACCUGUUGUCCAAGCUCCAAUGCUGGCCAAGGUUGAUCCGGCUACUGGAGCCACUGCCAUGUUUUAUAAACCUCUUUCUCCUUCUGAUCUAAGUGUUUUGAUGCAGAAACCUCCGCCAAUGCAGAAUGGAGGAGAGAACUGGCUGAGAUCGGUAUAAAGGGCUGUCACAGGACAAAUUUUAACAGCAGGAGACAUGCGCGCAUUAUUGACACAUGCGUGUCCUCUCUCCCAACUGGAAACACUGAUGAAGAAUUCUGGUCUGAUAAGUAUAAUGGACAAUGAGGCACUCACAAGAGAGUAUUACUUAACAUUGUUCACUGCACUAAACGCAUUGUUUCCCAUUCCUGAUCUAGUCAUCUCCGACUUAGUAUUUGCUCCUAGAACAGAUGAGGAAGCAGCGGCAUAUAUUGACCGCGCUCUUGUCGAAUAUGCUUCAAAAACAGGCCAUUUGCCAACUGACUCUGCUCUGUAUUCUCAAGUAUUUAGAACAGCAGUGCUGAAGGGCUUUCCCAAGUCUGUGGUGCAAGCCAUGGAGACGAAUCCGGACCUUCCCGGAGCAGAUCAUGCUCGCUGGUUGUCACAUCUGAAACAUCACCCGAGGAUACAUGCAAAAGAAAAAGAGUCAAAGCAUGAGAAACACAGAACCACCAAAUCGCAAUUAGCUAUAAUGCAACUACAAAGUCUCAAAAAACAAGAAGAGAAUAUUAAAAUCACACCUGUGGCUUCCGUUGGGGCCUCGCUACCUAAUGUUGUUUCUGAGUGCAUGAUGUAUCAAACAGGGCCAUUCAUGGGUCGAGGUGCUCCGUUUGCUGGCAGAAAUCAAUGCUUCAACUGUGGUCGUAACGGACACUGGGCAAUAGACUGCCGAGCGCGUCCCCUGGAGGCCAGAGGCAGAGGAACAAGGGGCCCGCCUAGAGGAUUCAACAGGCGUGGUUAUGGCCAGCAAAGAGGGAGAGGAUACGGACAGCAACAGCAGCAGAAUAUGACUCAACAAUAUCCGCCGCAGCAGCAGCAGUCUUACCCUCAAGUCCCCAACAGCACCUGCCACCAUCUUAGGGCCAGUAUCCGCAAUGAUGGGGCCCCGAAUCCACAUGCCACGGUCUGCAGGAACCAAUGAUCGGACUGACGGUAGGAGGAACUAUUUUACCUUUUAUGGUCGAUACGGGAGCCAGACAUUCAACCGUUAUAACAUUACCACCUGAAAGUUCCCUUACUGCAAAAGGCAUUUCACUUGUUGGAUUCCGGGGUGAAGAAACCAUCCUGCACAUGACUACACUCGUACAUACUCAGUGUUUUACACAAACUCUGCCUGUGUGUUUUACACUCGUUUGUGUAUGCGCCCAAUUGCCCUGUCAACCUGUUGGGAAGGGAUCUUCUCAUCAAAACAGCUCCAACAAUACUGUGCAGCCCGGAUGGACUGAUAUUACAGUUUCCUGAUGGACACACCUACUGUUGUUCCGGUGACGACACAUCAAACAUCUACAUGCAGGACUCAGAGCGACAACUACCAAGUAUGACGUGUGCCACCGCCGACAUCUACUGGGCGAAAAUGGACACUGACUCACCCGGAUGGACGGAAGCAGUGACCUUUUGGACUCCAUGGUCGCCAUGGGUUCGUCACCUCAGAUCCUAUGAUAUGGUUUCUGAUUGUAUGCAUUGCACUCUGUACUAUGACAGGACGGGAGAUGAGGUGUACAGCGAGGCUUUCCAAAAUGUAGACGGCAACCUCUGGGAACUACAAAUGGGUGACCUGUUCGUGGGAAAACCAGGUGGACAGGUCCUCAUAAAGUGACGGAGAGAACAUCGUCUGCUGUCCGCCUACAAGGAAAGGGGGAGACGUGGUACCACCUCACCUCUACACGACCAGCAAAGACCCGUCCCGACAGAUCAUCAUUGCCCCAAGUACUGACUGCACGUCAACGCCAGACCAGUUCCCAUCCCACUGACGACAUCACUCAUCAAAGGUUGAGAUCACGGUACACGGGCAGAAUAAUCCCGGUGACUCAACCUAGGACCGGGUAGUCUAACCCCAGGUCCUGAAGAAGCUGACAGCGCUCUCUAGCAACGAUCCUGAAAAAACACCACCCAACAAUGGCCCGCAAAUGGGACAAUGUUUCAAUUUGUUGUUACAUCACAACCCUUUUUAUUGUAUUAACUCUCUUGCCUGUUUGGUAUUUUUGGAUGCCUCUUGGUGCGCGCUCAAACCUAACAACAAUACAGAGAGGUAAGCGAAAACUCAAUUCAGGUCACUCAACUGUACCUAUAUCCCAGUCUGUUCCCUGGAUUUUAGAAUGGACGUACAACCAUUCGAUAACUUUAACAGUGCCACCAAGCACCUCUACCGCCGUUGAAAUACCAAUUACAUCUCUAAAAGGGUUCAGAAACACCGUUCAGAUAACAGGGGAGGGCUGGAGAGGUUAUUGGUGGUAUAUGACAGGAAACGUGCUAGAUUUAAGCUGGGAUUCUUUAAUAACCACUCAACAAGGUAACUAUUGGCCAUCGGGAAAGAGCAAAGAAACUGUCUUUUUCAAAGACAAAAUCACCCUUACCAAACAAGGGGAUCUACUUAAACUGACCUUUGCUCUCCCCGAUGGUAUAUUGCGUCCACCAAAUGCAACCAUUUUUAAUGUUUCAUGCUGGGGUUUUUUACUCUGGGCCUGGUCAUCAGGACCAGACCCUCAUUUUCCCGUUGUCAUAUGUGAAAACACUACUAUGGGACAACUUGAUCAGCCAAUAUUAAAUAAUUAUACACAAACUAUCAAGUUGACAGCCAUCAGUGUACCCUUAAAUAGCGUGGAUGGUUUGUUUCGAGUUACCACAGGCGUAUCAGGAAACAGCAACAAUUGGCUAUUAUUAACUGAGGAAGCGGCAAAGACUACUAAAAAAAUUGCGUGGUUUGCAUGGGACCUCGUCCUUUACUCAGGGUGGUCCCUGCCAAUAUUGACACACAAUGUGUUAUGGAAUUGAUGAAUAAAACACUACCCUCACGAAACUGUUCCAAAUGGGACAAAAUACACCCAUUGGUAAGAUGGCAAAAAGAUAAACCUCUGUUUUUAAACCAAGUUGCAAAAGGCAACUUCACCUGUAUUAACAUUACAGGAAACAAUGGCCGAUUGGGAAGGUUAAACCAUGCACAACAAUGUCAGUCACUCAUCUUUGUGGGAUCAUCAUUUCGGCCACAAUCCAGGGGCGACAUCUGGUGGUGGUGCGGUGAUGACCGGAUAUUCGACAAACUCCCUUUGAACCAAGCCGGUUACUGUGCACUGAUUUCUCUCCUGCUGCCAGUAAAGGUCUUUCCAACCACGGUUCAUGUGUUGAUGCAAACUAUUCACAACUUAGGACCACAACACUUAUCCCACUUACAAAAAGCCAAACGAUCUACUAGCACAUGGCAAGAUAAGGGGGACCCCACAUACAUUGAUGCGAUUGGCGUACCACGAGGGGUCCCCGAUGAAUAUAAACUCGCAGAUCAGGUUGCCGCAGGAUUUGAAUCCACAAUCUGUUGGUGGUGUACUAUAAAUAAAAACACAGAUAGAAUUAAUUACGUACAUUACAAUGUGCAACGCCUAGGUAAUUAGACACAAAGCGGAUUUGAAGCGGUACAUGGUCAACUAGCCGCCACCUCUCUGAUGGCUUUCCAAAAUCGCACAGCUUUAGAUAUGCUCCUGGCAGAAAAAGGUGGCGUAUGCUCCAUGUUUGGCGAACAAUGUUGCACUUUUAUUCCUAAUAACACAGCUUCUGAUGGUAGCUUAACCUCUGCAAUUGAAGGGCUCAGAACAUUAAACAAAAAGAUGAAGCAACAUUCCGGGGUAGAUACUUCUAUUUGGGACAAUUGGAUGAGUGUUUUUGGACGUUAUAAGGCUCUGGUAUCUUCUAUUUUUAUUUCUAUUGCUGUGUUUGCUGCUUUUCUCACAACAUGUGGAUGUUGUUGCAUUCCUUGCUUGCGCUCUCUUAGCCAGCGACUCAUUACAGCAGCUAUCGUAAAAAGAGAUGUUAAUAACCCCGCCCAGAUGAUGCCACUCCUGUCUUCAGGGGAAACCCCUGAGAUGCUCGAUGACCCCGCGGGCAUAUUUUUGUAAUGGUACAUUCUCUUACAUGCUGUUUAACAUAUCCUGGUGUCGGACUCUUUCGAGUCCGAAAGGGGGAUUGAAGGCCCUCGCACGUGAUAUACUGAUGUCAUGAUCAUACAUUGACUUAUUUGUGCACUGUUAUGUUGUGUAACCUACCCUCAGUAUUAAAAUGUUCUGAUAAUCACGUAACUGUGAAAACUACAUGUCAGCCGCAAAACAGGAUGUUUUGUCCCAAGAAGAGAUAAUGCUGCGACCUUGGAUCCACCCUGCUCAAGCUUUAAACACCGCCCUGAACACUGUAUAAAAUCACGCACUGAACGCUGAGAAAGCGCACAUUUGAGCAUAUUUUGUGCAGCUGCAGCCUUUGCCUGUAAAACAUUUGUACCCAGAAUAUUCUGCAAUAAAAUAUCUUAAAGAA